UCACUUCGUGUCUUUAGAAAUGAAUAAAGAACUAGUGGUCGCAAUCCUAAUCCUAGGAGCCGUAUGGGGAGAAGCGCAUUCAUGCAACAGGUGCGGAUUCGAAUGCGAGUCCGCAUGCGGCACCAGACACUUCAGAAUUUGCUGCUUCAAUUAUUUGAAGAAGCGAAGCGUGGAUCCGACACCAUUAUCUUCGGACCCAAGUGAAAAGUUUGAAAUGUGGUUAGAAAAGUCGAGAUACCCGUACCAUCAACCCAGAAGAGUCCCCUACGACUCUUUUUUCCAAUAUAAGAUUGGCAAGAAUGUAAACCAUGACGUGGCUUUUUAGCAAUAAAAGUUAUGUUCAGAUCACGUCGCACUCUACCUAAAAAAGUGGUUAUACGGAAACGCGAUGAACUGAGAGAGGUGUUUUACGAAUUUUUUAAUAUUUACUUUUUGUAACACGAGUUGUAUUUAUAGUCAUUGUCAUCCAGUCGCAUUGGAAAGUGAUUUUUAGAUUUAUAUUUUAGCGCAUUCUAGUAAGAUUUGGUUGGAAUUUACAUCGAUUUGCGCCAAAAUUGCUGAUUGCAACCCGCGAUGAAUCCAGGUUAAUUCCAAACAAGAUUUUUUUUUAAAUUUUAUGUAAAGAAGGGGAUUAGUACUCUUUGUAAAUAUAAUUGCUUUAUAUUCUACGGUUCUAAUUUGUCUCUCCUACCGAACUUCAAGGAUAUUAAUUUAGGUAUAACGAACAUGUUGUAUAAUGUGUAAUUGAUACGAUUUUGAAGGCAAAUAAAAAUUUGC